AUGCUCAAAGCCUUUCAUGAGCAUACAUUGAGUCGCUUGCGGAAGACAGCCAUCAAGAUGGCUGAGAAGAGUAGACGUCGCCGAGCUCCAAACUUAGCUCCCUACAAGAAGGGUGACUUACUCUGGGUUGCGGCCAACAGUAUUAAUAAGCUCAAGCCCCGAUGGACUGGUCCUUUCAAGUGUAUGGGAGGUGAAGAAGUGACUGGCUCGGCACAAUUGGUAGAGAUAUCUUCUUUGAGUGACCAACCCCGAGGACAAGUGCAUAUUUCUAAUGUCAAGUUGGCAGUUCUCAGUGACGAGCAGUUAGACGUCUAUUGUGGACGAGAUAAGAGCCAGCCGACGACUACCUCUGCCGUCUUCCCAGUUUCGGGAGACAUACCGACUGUCAAGUCAGAGCAGUUUCCUGCAAUGCGACACUUCAUGAUCGAGGGUGGCGACAAGGAAGGGCAGCUCUUGGUUGCAAGGUCGGUCGUCCCCAUCAAGGAUUCUACUGGUCUAUGGCUACAGUGCGAUCAAUGUGACGUGUGGACAGAAGUUACGGCAGUGCUCCAUGAAGCCUAUAAGGGUGAUGCUCCAUUCAGUUGUAGUGUUCUCGGUGUUCCAUGUGUGUUUCAGGACAUGUGA